CACGUGGUUCGAUGUUUUUACGUAACAACCACGAUAGCUGCCGAUAGUACAGGGUUAAACGGCGGGAUUGAAUUAAAACUUGAUAAUUUCCAAUUAAACAAGAAUAACAAAAAUACAGCAGCAACAAGCAAUCGUUAUCUUAACUGCGUCACGAUUAAUUCAAUAAAAGUAACUACGUUUUGACUUUUCAUCCAUUUUUUAACCCCUAUUAUUAUCGGCACGUAUAUAAGCGCGAUGCUCAUUGCUCGGAAAGCUACAACUAGCGAAGCUGAUGGUUCUGAUCGACACGUUGUAGUCUAUACCUAAUCGAUUUUAUUAUGAACAAUAUAAUACGAUCAGUUGUUAAAUCGCGUCAUCGACGACGAAUCGUAGACAGCGUGUCGUUUAAUAGAAGUUUCAGUGACAAUAAUAAUGAGAAAUCAGUCGCAACCAGCCGCUCAAGGACUGAUAAACCUACCAGGAUUAAUUUAAAGGAUAGCGUAGCGUCGAUUAAGGAUUCCUUGGUGGUUAAGGAUGUUGAUGGUAUACUCGUUGAUUGGUAUGAGAAGCGUCCUCCACCUCUACCAAAACGUUGCGACAUCGCGAUUAUUGGAGGUGGUGCAAUGGGCAGCUCAAUCGCUUACUGGCUGAGGAAGAGGGUCUAUUCAGAGGAUUGCAAAGUGGUUGUUAUCGAGAGGGACCCAAUGUAUUCCACCGCGUCGACGGUGCUCUCCCUGGGAGGUCUUCGGCAGCAGUUCUCCAUGAAAGAGAACAUUGAGAUGUCAUUGUUCGGCGCGGAGUUCAUUCGGAACGUGAAUCAGUACUUAGGGAUUGACGGGCAGCCAGCUGUGGAUCCGUGCUUCCACCCGUACGGUUAUUUGAUGCUAGCAACGGAGAUGGGUGCCUCCAAGCUGAUUGACAAUUCGAAGCUUCAGAAUUUCCUCGGCGCUAAAAACAUUCUAUUAUCUGCUGCGAAACUGAACCAGAUUUUCCCUUGGCUGGACACGGACGGCGUUGAAUUAGGCUGUUUGGGUUUGGAGAAGGAGGGAUGGUUCGAUCCUUGGGCUUUCCUUUCCGCCUUGAAGAGGAAAGCUAUGCUUUUAGGCGUCGAAUAUGUUACCGCCGAUGCUCGGGGGUUUCUUUAUAAGAAGGAUGCCAAUGAAGCCGAGAUGCUCGAUAAACUGGUGAUGAAGACCAAGAAUGGAGAGACGCACCAUUUACAGUUUGCUGUAGCUAUCGUAGCUGCCGGGGCGUUUAGCGCCAACGUGGCUAGGAUGGCUAAGAUCGGGGAGCAGGGACCUGACCUUAGGAAUGUUUGCUUGCCCGUUGAACCGAGAAAGAGAUACGUUUACUGUUUCCAUUGCCCUGACGGGCCUGGAUUGAACACUCCUUUGACUAUCGAUUACAGCGGUACUUAUUUCAGGAGAGAGGGACUAGCCAACAUGUAUGUCUGCGGAAGGUCGCCGGAGGAAUCUGAAGAACCUUCAAUCGAGGAUUUGAAUGUCGAUUACGAUUUCUUUGAAGAGAAGGUGUGGCCUAUACUCGCGCGGAGGGUACCGGCAUUCGAGAAAUUAAAGCUGAAGUCGUCCUGGGCGGGCUACUACGAGUACAACACGCUGGACCAGAAUGGUAUCAUCGGCACCCAUCCUUACUACGGUAAUCUGUACUUCGCCACCGGUUUCAGUGGCCACGGGAUUCAGCAAGCCCCGGCAGUAGGGAGGGCUAUCUCAGAAUUGAUCAUCGACGGCAGAUAUGUGACCAUAGAUUUAUCGAACUUUGGGUUCGACAGGAUCGUGAACCAGGCGCCGAUGAAGGAAGCAAACAUUGUAUAAAACCGAGUAAAACUAUUCGAAGGAAAUUGGCGUUUAGAAAUCGAAUUCAAUUGUAAUUACUUAUUUAUUAAAGUCUCCUCGGGAGGGGACCACCCACUUUUUUUUCUUUCUCAAUACUUUUCAUAUAUAUAUUAUAUAUAUAUGUAGUGCGUAUUAAGCAUUCUUUAUGUGUACAUAAAUCAUUAAAUGCAAAUGGCUUGUGUGUAAAAAGAAAGUAAAGCGAGUGAGUGAUUAAAUGUAUAUAGAUUAAAUAAUUGUAUGUAUAAAAGUGAAAGUCUUAACUCAUAAAUCACAGAAAUAAAACAACAAUUCACGUUUCGACUGCGAGUCGAAUUUCUAUUUUUCAUUUCGACAUUUAUAAAGCCAGCGUCUUAAAAUUGGAAUAACUGAUUCUAAUGAAGGUAAUUCGCUGAAAUUUAUAAGAACACUUCAACAGUGUCCUAUCCAAUUGUCUCUUAAGUUUCAUUAAGAUAUCUUAAUCGAUUUGUUAAUAAUAAUUAGAAGCCUAUGUAGUAAUAUUACGUCUUAUUGGCUCUCAUUAGAAAUUCGGUUCGCAGUCCUGUUCUCAGCUAAUGAUCGUACGUAUACUAAAUAAAUAUUUGCCUUAUUCACGAUAUCCGCUCAUUCCUUUCUUGCCUGUUAUCGGUUAUUGAUUCGCUGUUUAAAUGGAGAUUCGGUUAUUAAAUAAUAAAUGCAUCUUCAUACA